AACCCUUAUCCUUUGCAACAAACAAAAACUUUUCAAAACCCUCAAAUUUUUUUCUCAACAACAAAAAACUCAAAUCUACUUCUCUCUCUAAAAUAAACCAUGACUCAUAUGUUCAAGAAACAAAAUAGUAGUAGCAUGUUAACCCAAACAACAACCGCAGGAGCCUUAGCCAUGCAUAGAGACUCACGUGUGAUCACAAAAGUCCAACCCAAAAUCAGAAUCAUCCAUAUAUUUGCCCCUGAGAUCAUCAAAACCGACGUCGCGAAUUUCCGGGAGCUCGUCCAACGCUUAACCGGAAAACCCGACGCCGGGGGCAGCAAAGGCAAAGGCAAAGGCAAAGAGAAAGGCAAAAAAGUCAAAGCACUCGAGGCGGCCGAGGCCGGACCAGGGUGCAACAACAACAAAGGGAGUAACAAUAUAAGCACAAAGUUGGAAGUAAUGGUAGGAAGUGGAUCAUCUUCAUCACCAUCUUCAUCAUCUGAUCAACAAAAUCAUAGUAAUAAUAAUAAUCAAGAAGCUUGGAGAUUAAAUGGAGGAGAUCAUAUAAUAAAUUCAUCUGGUGGGUAUUUAACUGGAUUUAGUGAUUUAGAUUAUAGUUUUGAUUUUAAUAAUUUGUUUCAUUUGGGGGCUGCUGAUGGUUCUUCUCAUCUUAAUUCUAUUGCUGAAAAUACUCCUCUUUCUUAUAGAGGGUAAAAUUGGAAACAAAAUUUUUCAAAAAAAAAAAAAAAAAAAAAAGAUUGACUUUUGAAAAAAAAAAAAUUGACUGGUUUGCUUGUUGGGUUAAAUAUAAUUACUGAUUGGUGGGAAAUUCCUAGUCGGGUUUAUUUGAUCUUAUUUUAUUUUAUUUUUGUGGGAUUAAGAGAGCGCGAUUUGAUUAACGUUGUCGGGUGAGAAGAUUAGGAAGUUGAUUGUGGUUUAAUUGUCUGAUUACUCAAGGUUUUUUUUGACAAAUGGGUGGAUUAUGUAAUUGUAAUUGUAAUUUUUUAGGGGAUGAGGUUGUUAACUUGUUACUAUUAACUUAUGAUUAUUAAUAUUAUUUGAUUUUGGUCCCUCCAAUAUUAUUGAGUCUAUUGUAAAUAUAUGUGAGGGAUUUAUAAUUUGACAUGAUUGAUGAAACUAUAUACAUGAGAAAUGCCUUUACCUAUUGAUUUUGAUUUUA